UGACUCACAGUAGUGUCUCCUGAUAAUCAUGGACUCAAAAUGCCUCUCUCUGUUGGCUAUCUUUGCAUUUAUCAGUACUGCUGAUUUUCAUCCAGUUAUUCGUUCAAGCAAUGGGCUUCGUGAUUGUCGCAAAAACCUUAGUACACCAGCACUCGAGGUUCUCCCUGGUGGAGGCUGGGACAACCUACGCAACGUGGAUAUGGGUCGAGUGAUGAACAUAAGCUAUUCACAAUGCCAGACCACAGAGGAUGGCAUCUACCUCAUUCCAGAUGAGACAUUUGUCAUUCCACAGAAGGUGAGCUCAGUAGAGAUGAACUCUGAGAUCAUCAGCUCAUGGCUUGAACAGAAAAGCUCCACUUCACGAUCAAUCAAUGUUGAGGCUUCCUUUGGAACAUUGGUGAAUGGCAAAUUCUCUACUGAGAGCAAACGCAUGAAAACCCAUCAAGUGAAGGAUAAUUCAGUCACAGCUCGUGUACAGGUGCGUAACCAUCUGUACACAGUAAAGGCAUAUCCUGAUUUCACUCUGGAUGUACGUUUUGCCCGACAGGCAGAGGAAAUUGCAGAUGCCAUUGAGAACAACCAAACUCGCCAGGCAGCCUAUCUGUCUGAAAAGAUGGUGCUUGAUUAUGGUACACAUGUCAUCAUAAGUGUGGAUGCUGGUGCUACUUUGGUGGAAGAGGACUAUUUAAAAUCAUCUUAUGUUUCUGAUGCACAAUCCUCUCAGUCCUCUGUCACAGCAUCAGCUGGUGUCAACUUUUUUAACAAAGUUACAUUUGGUAUUGGCAGUAAGAGUUCACAAGAAACAUCUGAAAAUACGGCCUACCUGACCAAUAUUACAUACUCCAUAACUUUGAGUCAUGGUGGCGCUUUGUUUUAUCCUGGCAUUACUUUACAAAAAUGGCAAGAGAGCACUGUAAACAAUUUAAUUGCUAUUGACCGUAGUGGAUUACCACUUCAUUUUUUUCUCAACCCAUCAACAUUUCCAGACCUCCCACUUCCAACUGUAAAUAAAUUAGCUCUGUCUGUGCGUAAGGCCAUAGAGCGUUAUUAUGAAAUUAACACCUAUCCUGGGUGUGUUAAACCAGACUCUAAAAAUUUCAACUUCCAAGCAAAUGUGGAUGAUGCAUCAUGUGAAGGUCCAAGCACCAACCUUAGUUUUGGUGGUGUUUACCAACAGUGUACCCCACUGACUUCAGAUGGAAACAUAAUCUGCCAGGAACUUGCUGUGAAAAAUCCAGCCACUGGCUCAUACACCUGUCAACAGCCAUACACUGCAACACUAUUGCACUCUGAAGUGCAGGAAAGACCAUAUAAUAAUUAUGAGUGUCACCGGCAAUGUCAUUCAUGCUGGCUUAUUCUCCAUUGUUGUAAAGAUGUAUGUGGAAAUGUGUAUCGUGUUCGACGUGCACAAGUCAAAACUUAUUGGUGUUCCACUAAUGAGAAAGCUCCAGAAUUCUCUGGAUAUCUCUUUGGUGGUCUAUUUGGCCCAUUAUUACAAAAUCCAUUAACCAAAUCCAAAUCCUGUCCUCCCAAUUUCUUUGCCCUAAAUUUUUUAUCUAGUGGCAUUAUGAUCUGUCUAAGCAAUGACUAUGAGACAGCUACAAGAUUCUCUGUACCCUUUGGAGGUUUCUUUAGCUGCAAGUCUACCAAUUUGCUUGCAGGGAACCAAUCACGCUGCCCACCACAGUUUAGCCAACAUCUUGUUGCCAUAAGCGAUGGAUGUCAGGUACUGUACUGUGUUCAGUCAGGUAUUUUCACUGGAGGUGAAUUACUUCCCAUCCACCUCCCACCUUUCACAAGACCUCCAGUGAUCAGUAUGAUAGCCACAAACACGGUAGCUGUGAUGACUGAAGGAGACCGGGCCUGGGUGAGAGUCAAAGACACAAUGACAUGGAAGGUGGCUAAGCCUGAGGACAUUGCAAAAAUGUCUCAAAUAUUUGAGGACGAUUCCUCUCAGUCACAAAAUAAAAUGGUUGGCAUUGUUUUUGGUGCUCUAGCCUUGAUUGCUCUUGUUGUGGCAGUAGCAGUGUUAGUGGUGAGAAAGAGGAAGAAGAUUCUUCUUCUCAGAAGAAGUCGAGGCUACGAAGAGAUUCAAAGUGAAAGCCUGUGUGAGACGACUGUAGAAAGCCAGACAGAGCAACAGCCUGACAGUCUGACUGAGGAUCAUAAUCAGCGUCUCCUGGCAUAGUGGGCAGCCAUGGCCGAAGCAGCCUUGGGCCCAAAUUAUUGCUGGUUUGAUUCCCUAGACUGGCAGGAAAAAUCCAUGGCUGAAGUACCCUUGAGCAAGAGACCUAACCCCCAACUGCUCCCCAGGCUUUGUGUGUGUGUGCACGCGCACGCUUGUUUUGGAUAAGAGUGUCUGCUAAAUGCCUGUAAUGUAAUGUUAUAGUGCUCCUGUGCAAUAAAUACUUGAAAAUGAUUUACAUCAGCGAUACACCAUUAUCUAAUAACUAUAACUUUUAACUGCUUUAAGCUAUUAAUAUUCUAUAUUAAGCAGAAUAUAUUGAUUGUUGUUGUCCUUUUACCUAUAAUACAUUUAUACAUAAAAUCGCAUGAAAUCACAACACUGAAGUCUUGUAAUAAUUUAUUUCAAUGUUAUGCUUAAUCUGUAAUCCAAUGUGAUUUGAUCUGAUUUACAGUGGCUGUGUACCUUUAUCAUCUAGAGAAUUUUAUGAUGCACCUGAAAAUUAAGAACCUUUUGAAAAUGGUUUGAUUUUAUUAAAGAUUUCUGUAAGAAAAA